AUGAAAGUUUUAAAAGUUUUAAUAAAACGUGUGAAAAUGAGUGAUGAAGAUGUGAGUGUGAUGAACGCCUUAAAAUCAGUGUUUGGUUAUGAAAAAUUCAAAAAUGAUAUCCAGAAGCAAGCUAUUGUUUCGAUUUGUAAAGGUUCGAAAGAUGUAUGUAUAUCUAUGCCUCCUGGGUUUGGUAGAUCUCUUUGCUUUCAAUUACCAAUUUUUUUAAGUGAAGGCAAAGUUGCACUUAUUUUUUCUCCAAAGUUAUCUCUUAUAAAGAAAGAAAUAGAUUUUUUAAGAACCAAACAGAUUAAUGCAUGUGUAUUACAUAAACGUAUAGCUAUAGGUGAAAGGAAUAAUAUUUUAAAUGAUUUAACGUCAAAUUCCCCAAAAAUCAUAUUAUUAUAUGCAACACCUGAUAUGGCUGUAAUAACAUAUUUUCAGAAACUUAUAAGUACAUUGAAAGAACAUAAAUUAUUAGCUUACAUUGUAUUCAAUGAAGCACAUUGUUUAAGUCAAUGGGGAUAUGAAUAUACAUCUUGUUAUAAAAGAAUAAAUACAUUUGUUAAAAUAUAUGGAUAUGUUCCCAGAAUUGCUGUAACUACAACUGUUACCUAUAAGGUGAUUGAAGACAUUUGUACACUAUUGACACUAAAAACACCAAGAGUAUUCAAAAUUCCUGUACAACAAAUCAAUGUACACCAUGAUAUAUGGUUUUUAGAUAUACUUUCUCAUCCAUUUGAUCACCUCAAAAAUUUUAUUGUGCAAGUACUGGGUUUCUUAGGUUCUUCUACUCAUAAGAUGCAUAAAGGUUUUGGAAUUAUUUACUGUAGAGAGGAAGUUACAGUGGAAUUAUUAAAAAAUAAAUUAAACACUCUAGGCAUACCUACGCUUGCCUGUCACUAUAAACUGAAUGAUAGAAAACGACGUAAUAUUGAAAAUAAAUGGAUAUCUGGUGAGGCUUAUGUUAUCAUUACAACAUAUGAUUAUGGAUUCAUUCAUAAAAAAUCAAUUAGAUGCAUUAUUUAUUGGACAGUACCUGAAAAUAUCGCUAAAUACUAUAGGGAAUGUGCUCAAACGCACGCGGAUAAUGGUCGAGCAUAUUGUAGAAUAUAUUUUAGUAUGAAAGAAUAUUCUUCUGUGAAACUAGUCAUUGAGAACCACAGAGAAAUGAACGAUGUGGAACACAUCCAGAAACGAUUAAACGAAUACGAUAAAAUCGUAUCUUAUUGUCUUUCAGUAAAAUGUCGCCACGUAAUGAUCAGUAAGUAUUUUGGUCGUAUAAUACCGUUUUGUAAAACGAAUUGUGACGUCUGCGAGAAUGAGGAAACCGUACAUAUAAGAACACUUAAAUUCAUUACGUAUUCGGAAAGUGUAGAAGGAAUAAAGUAUAACAUUAGCGACGUUAACGAAGAUUUGAAAGAAGAACAGUUGGAACUGAAUGCAAAAGAAGAAUCAGAGGAUACUUCAGGAAAAGAAUGCAAAAAAUCAGAAAUCUUGAGUAAGAAAAUCGCCGUGGACGAGGACGGUCACAUACAGUGGAUAAAGCAAUUUAAUGAUAAGUUGCUGCUAAGGAACAGGCAAAAACGACCAUUUAUUGAAAGUAGUUCACUCAGAGUACAGUCCGCAGAGAACUGUUUUCAAACUAGUAUAGAGGAUACGGUUAAAUGUGCAACAGAUAAUUCAGUCGAGAUACGGAAAAGCAAACUUGCGAUAACGCAGUCUUUGGUGGAUAAAUGCAGUUCAGACAAAGAGACGAUUUCUUUGAAAUUAACUGAAAAGAAAAUUCUCAAAUGCUCGACAGAGGGAAUAAUUAAUACAGAAGCUUCGAAUAAUGAAGACGUACGGCGAAACGAAUCUAAACUUUUCAGCGACGACGGCAAGAUAGAGGUGGAUAAAAGGGAGGAUAGUAUUACAGGGAGGGAGUCUCGCAGAGCUGUUGCUAUUGAAGCCAAACGGUCAGAUAAAAAACCGAGCAAACGUUUCGUCACCGUGGACACGAAUCCCGAGAAGUUCAAGUCGAAAAGAAGAAAAUUAGACCCCGAAAAUAAACCAACCACUGGGACAGGAAUAAACAGGGAUGCUGGAAAUGUUUCUGACUCUUAUGUAGAACACAUCAAGGAUGAUGCAAAUGGGAAUGCAUCACGUGACCGUGUAAUGAUAGAAUAUUUGAUGAACAAAUACCAACUGAAUAGAGACUCAAUAACCCUGGAGGUGCGAAGAAAAUGAAGUCACAGUGAACUAAUGUAUUCGUUUAAAAAAA